AUGAAGCUUUUCAUUUUAAUGUGUCUAUCCUUUUUUAUCCUGGUACCUAUGGUCGUUUGCCCGUCGUUAUCAGGACGUGAUCAAGCAAACGGCCAGGAUAUUGCACAAGAGGAGACGGUACCGUUGCGAUGGCAUUCAGAGGACUCUUCGCAGGAAAUUGCCGGGCCAACCACGGAGCCGGGAUGGACGCGAUGGUUUCUGGAGACGGUUGGGCGAUGGCUUGGCGUUGGGCGCUUAAUGACCAAUGAUCAUCAAUCAUCUGCGUCCGAAACAAUUGCCGAUGAAUCAACAGCUGCUAUUGCGUGGAUGAGCGCACUCACGGGGCAGACAACCCGAUGUAGGUGGGAUCUGGUGCCUGAUCUGCACGACGAGUUGAUCCGUCAGUACCGGCUUGCUCAUGGGUUGCAACUUCGAGUCAACGCUGCUUUCGACAGCAACAUCCUCGUUUUGGGGUAUAUGCCUUAUAGCGACCAAUACCGGUUGCCAAUCGAACCUGGGAAAGUUGAAAUAGUCACAUUGAACAAAGCCCUGGAUGAGCUGGGAAGAACCAGCAGCAAACCGAAAAAGUUGAAUGGCCAGCCAACUGGAGCUUACAACCACAUGAAACAGCCUAUCAAUCUUGACCACACCGCCGGGAAUCACGAGGGCAGCGCAACUUCUAUUUCCUCUGAUCAAAUACCAUCACAUGUCCUAUAUGGCGGCCCAGCCGGCGAAGAAUGCACAAUUUGUCAAAGACCAUUCCAGUCGCCUCAAGAAUCCGGAGAGAAUCAUUGGUCUUUCUGCAAAGUUGCAAAACUCAAGAGUUGUCCACAUUACUACCACUUCGAAUGUAUCCAUGAAUGGAUGCCCGGGUACUGGCAAAAUAGCUGCCCACUUUGUCGGAACAUGAUAUCCGACUUCAUUUGA